CGUUGCCAGUCAUGGAACAUUUGACCUCAACACACAUGCCCUGACAAGGUGCCGACCGGCAUAGAAACUGCCUGACACUGGACCUGGCAUCCAUAUCAUGUCAUAGGUACCUGAGAUCUUGACUAUCCCCAAAUGCGGUGUGACGGAAAGCCAUGCACUUAUGUGGGGUUGAGACACUUCAGUUUUCAGCAAUAUCUUUUGAGGUGAGAGAUGAGAGAUUAGAGAUGAAUAGAGCCAUCAUUUUGCUUUGUACAAAGGCGUCCCCCGUCUGAGUUGGAAACUACGAAUACUCUCUUAAAAUGCUCUCUACUUGACAUCUGUCAGCUUCAUCGUCCGCACGCUACCUGGGAGAGUCUUUUUUUUUAUUGCCUGGUCACGCACUUAAUCUUCAUCCUUACCGUCCCAGGAAGAAUGAGUGCUGGGGAUUCGGAUUCUGACUUUUACGGCGAUGCCGAGACGGUCUCGGCUCUACAGUCCCGAGUCGACUCGUUCGACGUGGAGGGUUGGUCGCGAGAUCGGGCAGAUCUGAGCAUACCCAUUCCCCAGCAGCAGGUCAAAACAGAACCUGGCACGGCACAGUUGCACAACCCAUACGCUGGACUUCAUUAUGCCAGGCAACUGGGCGAGACGGUGGACGAGUUCCUGACCCGUCUGCCUCCAGCCACAACCGAUGCAACCCCUGACCUGGAGUGGAUCUACAUCUACAAUCCCCAUAUCCCACGCAAGGACAAUCAGUCCCCCGAGAGCCAACUGGUUCGUGGAUGCGAGAACGAAGGCCCGCUUGGCCCUCAGACACGACUGGGCACCUUCAUGGAGGGAGGCACCGCGCGGCUACACCUUCUUCGCGACUUCAUCGAGAAGAGCAACGCAAGUGGCAGGGCCAAGACGGUGAUCGGCCGGGAGAUUGACCGGGCUCGGGGCGAGGCCGUCAGGGACAUCCUGGCCUUGGCGCACAUGAGCCAUGUCCGAUGUGGCAAGUGGAUGCUCUUCCCAGAACCCGCGGACGUCACCGAAGUCUGGAGAGCUGUCGCUCGCGCCACAGCUGACGGUGAGCUGGGCAUCGCAGCCAAGGUGGCCCCGCGAGCCAAGGAGGGUCCUGACAAGGCGAGGCUUAUCUGCAUCUAUACCAAGGACUUCAUAGAUAAGGACGACCUCCUCCGGGUUCUCAUCCGGAUGAAGGACCUUGGCCUCGUGAAGCCAGCCGGCCGGCCCAUCUACUACAAGUGUGACGCCUAUACGUAUCUCGGUAUUGGUUCGGGGAACGUCUGGACCAUCAAAGCAUCCUUGUAUUCCUCCACAGACAUUAUCGCACACGGCAAAGGUGUUGACAAAGGCUGAUGAUGACGAGGUCCCCCCUUAGAGACCAAGUUCAGAGAUUGGUGUGCUAGUUACGUUUUGAUAUAUGCCCCGUGCCAGUCUCGGAGGCUUUGGCUCGCCGAGCGCCCCCUGUGGCCUUGAGCAUUUAGACGACGUUUGCAGCGGGAGAGGGAAUGGGGAAGGAAACUAGAGAUGAUGAACUCUCUCUCAAUUGUGGGGUUUCUCCCGUCAUGGGUGGUUGGAUUCUGGGGAUAUCGAGGAAGGGCCGGCUACCGCUGCUUUCUCUCCUUCCCCUGAAGCCCCCAGGCGUAAUGACGAGC